AUGAGUCCGGUCAACAGUCUCUGGUUCAAGUGGAAAAGCCUACGCUUACCGUGGCGAAAAUCUUUCCUCGUCGGCACCGAUCUCUCUGGAAACACAUACUGGGAAUUUAAAGACUCGCUGAAUGCUGGGCGCUUCCGUCGGAUCGUCAAGUUCCAUCCUAAAACUCACUAUGCGGAUGUUCAAGUGACUCCGCAAUGGCAUCAAUGGCUUCGAUACCUCCGGCCGAAUCCCCCGUCGAUUGAAGAACAGAAGAAUGAUCUCAUCCGUCAAGCCCAGAUUAAGCACCUUGCUCGACUCGCUGACGAGCGCUGGGCAAGCAAACCGUCCUAUCUCGACAAACCGCAGAGACAGUCACCUGCGCCUGCCACAGGAACGACCGAUGCGACGUUGAAUCCUCCGACGAGACAAGAUGGCGGUGUCGCCGCAUCAGCUAUCGGCGAUUCGGCACCGGAUUCGACGACAAAAGAUGAGGCCGCUCCGGCCCAAGACAAGGACCCGUGGGCAAAAGCACGGGGCGGGCCUAGCGAAAACUGGCAACCGGAGGCUUGGACGCCGAAGACCGCUCAGAGGUGA